GGACCGGGAAGAGGACGCUGCAAGGGAGCACGUCUCGCGGGUCCACAGUGGAAUCAUUGCACAUGCUCUGUAAGCUCUGCAAGCAGUGGCAGUGGAAGGACCGCCACUGCUGCAUCUAUGUCUGGUCUCGCAGGUGAGGUUUCAAACUAUUGACAACAUAUAUGCCACUGUGUGGGAUUCCAGCUCCAUCGUCCGGACACUGUGUUGGCAUCGCUUCUCCCUCACGCUGCUGCAGAAAGAUGGUAGUGCUAUGAAGCUGUGAGGGGAUUGUGCCGCUGCGUAUCUGCGCCGUUCACCUGAAGUCAACACAAUGGCCACACAAACCCACCCCCCUCUGGGGUUUUUUGUGAGUACGCGCCCUCCCCUACGCCUCCUCUGAUGUCAUGCCUCCAUCAUGCGUGUCUUUUUUUUUAGAGGUGACAGUGCAGCAGGGCUGGACGCGGAGCUUCCACGCCAUCUGUGACAUUUGUUUCUCGAAAGCGCGCCUUUGUUCUCCAUAGUAACUAACACACAUGUGUUUGCCGGAGUCACUCAUCUAAUAAUAGGCUGCAGGAUCAAGAGAGGCGCUGCAUGUGUGACCAUGUGUUGUGCUCAUGCUGAUUUAGCGGGAAGGACGCAGUGUUAUUUUGCUGCUUAUUUGUGUCUGCCAGUCUUUUCUAGCUCGGGUGAUGAUGAUGUCAUUACAGGUGUUGCUGAGGUAGGGUUGCUGCCACAGAGUGAUGCUGCAUGUGUGUGUGUGUGGUGUCAUCCAUCACAAGGCGGGGGCUGAUGCUGCAGGCGCUGCUCAAUAUUUCCACCAACAUCGUGGAAGAUCCAUCAGAGAUGAUACCACAUGAAGUUUAUGGAGCUCAAUUUAUGAGCUGGAGCGGCUGCAUCUUCUCUGGAUUGAGACCUGGAGCUGUAUGCUAGUGACCAUCCUAGCAAAGGGGAAAAACAUUAACACUCAGAAAGAGAGACUGUGGAAGUGUCAACAACUACAUUCAAAACAUAUCAGGCACAAUGAAAUCCAAUCAGGAGCGGAGUAAUGGAUGCCUGCCACCUAAAAAGCGAGAGAUCCUGGCACUGGAGCAGAGGCCAGUGGUAGUAGCUGCAGCAACUCCUCCUGUGGUCCAUCAUGAUCCCACUCCUCACACUGAGAACCUAGCAUGGCUGGCAAAUGUAGCCAGUGAGCGCUGUAGGUCCAGAGACUCAGAGAGCCCAAGACGUCCCAACUCCUCCACUUCCUCUUCUUCUCCUCCCGCUUCCAUCCCAACGUCAUCUACUCCUCUGUCAGCAGUGACGCUUGGCUCCCUACCUGCAGUCUACUCGACAACCAUUCCUCAGCACACGGGAACCAUCCAGUUUGCACAGCUAGGACCUAAUGUUCAGUUCAUCAGUUCUGGGCCCUACGCUGGCUACAUCUCUUCUCAUGUGAUCCCUGCAAACACCAGCUCCGUGGGACAGCGCUCCCAGCUGGAUGGUUACACCACCGCCCUGAUAUCCCCUAACACCAAAGGAGAGCAGCAGUUCCAAAUUGGCGUCCCUCCAACAGAGCUUGCCCCUGUUACCCUUCCAAGUGCUCCACAAGUAACCAACCAGUACAUCCAUCUCGAUAACAGAACACCUCUGACCGUCAGUGGAACCGCCGUCUCAUCACCUGGAGCCCACCUCCAGCUCCACCCUCACUCUGCUGUCCUCCCUCAAACACUCACCCUUGCUCCCUCGCAGCUGGUGGUUCAGUAUUCAGAUGGUUUUGUGGGAAAGAAACCAGAGGUGCAUGCCAAAGGUAUGCUGAAUGGCGAGCUUGAAGUGGUCAAACAGAUUAAAGCUCCCACUCAAAUGGUAAAUCAUCAUCAAGUCCAGAGCUAUGAGGCUAGACACAUUCUUGUGCCUGCAGAGUAUGGCCAGACCCCAUCCGGACUCCAGACCUCAUUGGUACUUGUAGCCCAGCCAAACCAUGGAGCUGAUCAGGAACAGGGCACCAAUAAGAUUUCCUUACUUCAGACCGAGAAGGGCAGCAUCUGUUUGGGUAAACCGAUGUCUAGAUCUUCUUCUUUCUCCUCCCUCUCAUCGUCAGAGGUGGUGAAAACUGUCGCCUCCCAUGCAGUCAUGCAAGCCACUCUUCCCCCUGAAGAAAUACCUGUCAGUCUUUACUCCUCCACACAAGCUCCAAUCAUCGGCUAUAUCACCAGCGCCAACCAGCAUGCAGUUAGUUAUCACACAGCACUGCCUCAGCACUUAGUCAUUCCUAGUGGUCAGUCCUUGCUCAUCCCAGUCAGCAGCGCCAACAAUGGCACAGAAACAGAGGUUAGCCGUGCUGUUAGCUCCCUGACUGCUACCACAACACCCCAGAUAUCCACUGCCAUGCCUCAUGCCUAUCUCGCCACAGCCCUGUCCAAAUGUGAGCCAAUUGGCACAGAUGGAAAUCAAGUACCCCGCGCUGUAGCCCCAGCACACCCUACCUUUCCCUCAAACCCAGCCCCUGCAGUGGUGACAGCUCCCUCUCUAGUCCCAGCUCCAGUCCCUGUUUCUGUCAAUGCUCCAGUCUCCACUUCAAUCCAAGCUUCUCCCACCAUCUCCUCUCCUUCCUCCCCCGUGGCCCUACCUCCAUUCUUCAUGAGAGGUUCCAUCAUUCAGCUCGCCGAUGGGGAGCUGAAGCGUGUGGAGGAUCUCAAAACCGAGGACUUCAUUCAAAGCGCGGAGAUCAGCAGUGAACUGAAGAUCGACUCCAGUACCGUUGAGCGUAUCGAUUGUGGCCAGACUCCUAACGCUGUGGUCAUACAGUUUUCUGUGGGGGAGCUCAAAGCCCAGGUGUGUGUGGAGGUUCUGGUGGAAUAUCCCUUCUUCGUAUUUGGUCAGGGCUGGUCCUCCUGUUGUCCUGACCGGACCACUCAGCUCUUUGAGCUGUCCUGUGCUAAGCUGUGCGUGGGGGACGUCUGCGUGUCUCUGACACUUCGCGGGCUGAGGAAUGGUUCGCUACAAGACACCGAAGCUUUGGGGGCCAGGCUGAAGACGGCCCGAAUGUCGGAUCCCUGCAACAACACAGAGCUGAUGAAUCAGAGGCCAAACAUUGCAUCCAGUAACAGCGGUCUUCUUAUGAAGGCCUCUGGUGUAGAGAGAGUGCAGACAUCUGCACCUGCGUCAGGACGAGGGCGACCAACCCAAACGGGAUUAAAUCCGAGAUCAGUGGAAGGGAUCUCUGGAAUUGCAGAUGUGAAAAUAGAUAUGGCCACACCGUCCAAAAUCCAGUGCAGAGAUCCAGAAAGAACCUCUGUUCGAAAGAGAAGAUGGUCCGCUCCAGAGCGGGACCAGACUGAGAGAGCAGAGGGGGAGCCUCCGUCAACUCUGCCCUCCAUCAUCCCUCAGGAGGUAAAAAUCAGCAUAGAGGGCCACUCAAGCAGCGGCAGAGAAAGAUGCUUAAACAAACCCUAGACGGUCUGGGGGGCCGGGGGGGCUAAAAACGAAAUUUAUUGGCAUUGUGUUCGCGCCCUGUUGUGUUCUCUCUACUGAGACUACUAUAAUAACAUUGCAGAGUUGACACAGGACCACCAUUUUAUUUCUGCCAUUUGUCGGACGCCGAGUGCAGUGAGAGGUCGCACACUCAGUGCAAUCAGUGCAAUCAAUGCUGAAAGCAAAAAUGAAUGCAGUGUGAAUGUGGAGCGUGUGUUGCUAAGAUUCCUAUUAGCAUGUCAGAACAGAUGCCCAUGUGGAGAAGGCGGGUCACCAGUUUGUUUGGGUAGUAGUUACGUCACAAGUACAAUUAAGAGGGAAAAACGACCACUUCGAAUUAAUAUUUGCCAAUAUUAAUUUGGUAAUAAUCAUAGCAGAGCUCUUUGACGCGUCACACAUCUGUUGAAUCUUUACUAUCGUUCAGGCUUUCACACCACAGUGAGUGUGUGUGUUGGUGUGUUCGUGGGCACACAGAGCACAUGGGGUCGGGUUUGAAUGUAAACCACUUUUUGUCCUCAUGUUGUAAAAUCACAGAUGUGUUGUUUGCUGCACCAGCGUUGCGUGAGUUUGAUAUUUGAUGCGUUUGCAAUAUGUGUGUGACAGUGGUCGCACAUACACACAUUCCUUAUACAACUAUACUACAGAGAUUGUGCAGCGGCAAUAUUCAGGUGUCGUCAAAACCUCGCUGUUAUGCAGCAUUUCUAUGAUAAAGGGAAUCGAGACACGGCCAGCGAUGUACUGUAUCCUGAUAUGUGCAUAGCAAGUGUCAAAACAAGCAUGUCAUUGAAGCCCUUUUGUACCUUUGGUACUUGACUUUUACAACUUCAGAACACAUGUAUACCUUUACAUACUGUAGGCUCUGUGUGGUGCAUUGGUGUAUAUUGUACGGAUUUAGAUUGGAAUAUGAACAAGAGCAGGCAAGUCCACUGCAUCAAUCCUGGGCCACUUUAAAGCUGCACAGCAACAAAGCAGCACUGAAUUUUUAAACAUGGAUGACGUGCCAGCAAACCAUUGCCUUAUUAUGCAUCUGCAUCAGACAGAACGCGACCUCAACCUGCUUCUGGCGUAAAGUAGCCAGCCAGAUUUAAUUUUUUUCUCCAGUCUGGUUCGCCAGAAAAAUAUGUGAUCUUCUAGUGGGCUACAUCACCAUCUGCAUUCUCCAUUUGCACCCUAAUGACAAAGUAAAUGCCACUUCUUCGCUGCUCAGUACUGGCUCUACUUCACCACGGAGUAGUUGGUUUUCCACUUUUAAAAAGCAAACUGCGAAAACCUCUCCACAUUGAACGCAUCAGUAUAUUAGGUGUCCGGUAAAAAAAUUUGCCACACGGAGAUUGAGGGCAACAGCAGCCAAGUGGAGACUGUGGAGUAUGAUACUGCACUGUGUCCACAUCUAAAGCACAGUAAGCAAACAUUACCUUUGUUUAUCUUUGUAAAUCCUCAAAUACUACAAGGUUAAUGAAAAAUUCUACCCGACUGAUGAGCAACCAGCAAUGGAUUUCCUAUACCACGGGUGUCAAACUUCUGGCCCAUAGGCCAGAAUAAUAUACACAUUCCAUCAAAUAAGAACUUAAACUUACUCCAGUGUCACCACUACAUACAGUAUACAUCCAUCCAUCCAUCCAUCCAUUUUCUACCGCUUAUUCCCUUCGGGAUCACAGGGGGUGCUGGAGCCUAUCUCAGCUACAAUCGGGCGGAAGGCGGGGUACACCCUGGACAACAUCUCAUCGCAGGGCACAGUAUACAUCCAUCCAUCCAUUUUCUACCGCUUAUUCCCUUAUACAGUAUACAUUGUAUGUCAAAUAAAUAACACCGCUGGCCACAGGUGUCAAACUCAAGGCCAGGGGGGCCAGAUCUAGCCCGCCACAUCAUUUUAUGUGGCCUGCAAAAACAGUGACGCGUGUGUCAAUAGGGCAUUUCGUCAUUUUUGCUAAACAUGUUUCAAUUUUGACAGAAAAAAAAUGCACUGCAUGCAACUGCAGUUCUUCCUUACUCAGUAUUAUUUGAGGCAAAAAGUAGGGGUGUACACAAAAAUUUCGGUUCGGUACAUACCUCGGUUUAGAGGUCAGGUUCGGUUAAUUUUCGGUACAGUAAGAAAACAACAAAAUAUACAUUUUUGGGUUAUUUAUUUACCAAAUUUUUAAACAAUGGCUUUAUCCUUGUAACAUCGGGAACACUAUAAUAAUUCUGCCCACGUUAAUCGACAUUAAACUGCCUCAAGUUGUUCAGAUUAAAUAAAAUGACAAAACUUUUCUUCUACAUAUAAAAAGUGCAACACUAAACAGUUUCAGGUCAACUCAUCAUGCUUAACUUAUUACAGCAUUUGGGAAGCCUGUAAUUGAUUUUUAUUAUGUAAAUGUUAUAUUUUUAUCAACAUGUGACAGCAGGGACCCUGCCAUUCAAAACUAGGCUGCUGCAUUACUAAUGAUAAUUGGAACUAUAGCUGAAAAAAAUAAUACAAUAGCAAUGGGAGAGACUAUUCAUCCUUGAACACCAUGGAGUUCAUGUAGGCUUAAUGAUGCAGUUACAUUAUUAUAUCAACUAUCAGAGACAGAAACUCUUCAUUUAACAUUAUGUCCUUUUUUGCUGCUUCAACAAUCAACACAGAAAAAGGUCAAGUGAAAUAACAGACAGACAGGGCUUUGCUGUCCGUAAUACACACACACACACACUCACACACCGCAAAAUGAGCUAACGUUACGCUAAAAGCGAAUUAGCCUUCACCUCAAGCCAGGACUGCGAGCGAGCUGAGCUGCCUUUUAUAUUUCUAGAAGGUCAACGGGCUCAUAGUGAUGUUACUAGUAGUUGACUGGGAGGUGUUUAUUAUAAUUUGGGGAGAGUCCGCUGCCUGAUGCUUACCUGCUAAACGCUAAGCACUGACUACAUGCGCUCUGAAUACGCACUGAUGAUUGGCUGUUACCGCUCUGUUUGUAACCAAUCAGAUGGUUGGGACAAUGCUGAGUGCUGUGUAGAGUACUGACAGAGACAGAGGCAGAAGGAAGCGGAGGCGGCUACUUAAUAUGUUCGUGUGGAAACUCGUUCGGUACACCUCCGAACCGAACCAAAACCCCCGUACCAAAACGGUUCAAUACAAAUACACGUACCGUUACACCCCUAGCAAAAAGCUAUUCCAGGCAUUUAUUUUAAAUUCUACAAUAGCUGAACUUUAAUUUUUGGUUGUCCUUUUCACUGAUUGCUAAACAGUUUUCCAUCAUUUUGUUGGCAUACAACAAGAUAAUAAUUGUGUAGUAAUAUCAUUUAGCCAUUACACAUCAUUGCUGUAUCACAAGUUACUAGUAGAGGGCAGCCAUGACUAUGAUGUGUCUCACAGAGUAAAUCCGUCAUGACACUCCUACAUGGGCCACAGUGGUAUUAAGAAGAUGCAGUGCGCUAAACAUUCUUACUUACGGUGUCAUAUUACAAUAGAGGUAAAAAUCAUUGAAUUGUACACAAUUAAAAACGAUACCACUUUACUUUAACCUGUCCGUACAAAAUAAUACAUUACAAACACAGUUGAAAAUACUAAUUAUAACAACAUAAAGUUAUGCUGGCAAACACUUGCUUCUCAGACUUGCCAACUCUUCCUGAUUGAGCGGAAGACUACUGGAAAUUGACCUUGUAUACCGACAUCCCGACUGAAGUCACAAACCUCCCGGAUUCUGAUGUUUUCGUGUACAUAUAAAAUACUGUAGCUUUUGCCCGUAUGUUAAAAGGGUGACAACAACAAUCACUUCAUUAAAACAAGCAACUACAGCUGUCUCAGAAUGCACAGGAAUUGGUUCUCUCCCAUAUUUAUCUCACCCUCGGUUUCCCCCGCGUAUAGUCCGCUCACCAGUCAUGAUGCAUUUACGGACACUCAGACUGUCCUGUAAUAGAACUCUUCAAGCAGGAACUAAUCCUCUUCAGCCUGCAAUCUGAAGUGUGAAGUGCGAUAGAGUUUGACACUCCUGACCUAUACGGUAUCGUCUUGGCACACUAGAAACUCGGGCUAACCAGGCACUAGAAAUAGUACCUGCUUUGUGAGCUAAGUACUAUGCAGUGGAAAAGGAGCCUAAUGUUCUGUGACACUAAGAGCCCAAUCAGUUCGAAUGUUCCCCAAAUACUGUUUCGUCUCAGCUUGUUUAUUUCUUUUGUCAUUUUGGAGUUUUAGGUCAGGGCUAUUUAACUGGCCAAACUUAGCCCGUAAAUGUAACUUUAAAUAUUAAAGUAUGACAUCAGACUGCACACCAGUUCCGUUCACAACAUUGUAGCGACCAAAAUUGUGGCAGCAAAUUUCUGAAAAACAGCUCAGUGUUCCUGUCAUGGAGGAGGAUCUUUGAACAUCAUUCAGUUGUAUUUUAAAGGCCUACUGAAAUGCGAUUUUCUUAUUUAAACGGGGAUAGCAGGUCCAUUCUAUGUGUCAUACUUGAUCAUUUCGCGAUAUUGCCAUAUUUUUGCUGAAAGGAUUUAGUAGAGAACAUCGACGAUAAAGUUUGCAACUUUUGGUCGCUGAUAAAAAAAGCCUUGCCUCUACCGGAAGUAGCAGACGAGUAGCUUGACGUCACAGGUUGUGGAGCUCCUCUCAUCUGCACAUUGUUUACAAUCAUGGCCACCAGCAGCGAGAGCGAUUCGGACCGAGAAAGUGACGAUUUCCCCAUUAAUUUGAGCGAGGAUGAAAGAUUUGUGGAUAAGGAAA